GUUCCAUUGAGAACAUUCACUUUGGAGCAUCUCAAUUUUCUUACCUCCAUGGUAGGAGUACUCUGCCCCGCACCACUUCAUCCAUGGCAUUUCGAUCAUUCCAAUUUCUCGUGCGCUUUGCAAAACCCAGUUACCCUUUCUCCUCCACACUCGCUUCCAUUCCCUUUUCCCCAUUCUCAUCUCUUCACGCUCCCCCAAAUUCUUCACACCACGGAAACCUCAUCCACAACCAAACAACCACCCAUUCCAACCUCGACGAACGCUUCAUCCUCGACCAAAUCUCGGAGCUUCUACCAAUACCCAGUUCCAAAUCACAGAUACCCAUUUCCAAAAACCGCGAAUCACAACCAGAAUCAGCACCAGAAGCCAAAACCGUUGAUGGGUUUUUGUCUCCGGAAGAGAAACUCCGAGGAGUUUUCCUCCAGAAGCUGAAUGGCAAGGCUGCGAUUGAACGAGCUUUAUCCAACGUGGGUGUUGAUGUUGAUCUCGAUAUUCUUGGUAAGGUGCUGAACUCUGGAAAUCUCGGUGGUGAAGCCAUGGUUACGUUUUUCAACUGGGCAGUUAAACACCCAGCGUUGCCUGAAGACAUUGGUAGCUACCGUGUGAUUGUGAAGGCACUAGGAAGAAGAAAUUUUUUCAGUUUCAUGAUGGGUGUGUUGCGUGACAUGAGGGUGAAUGGCGUAGAAGCUGAUUUGUUGAUGUUAUCUAUUGUUGUUGAUAGUUUUGUGAGGGCUGGUCAUGUGUCUAAGGCGAUUCAGGUGUUUGGGAACUUGAAUGAACUUGGGAUGAAUCGUGACACAGAGGCUUUGAAUGUGCUUUUGAAGUGCCUUUGUGAACGGUCUCAUGUGGGUGCUGCGGGUUCUGUUUUCAAUUCAAUGAAAGGGAAGGUAGCUUUUAAUGUUGCUACAUACAAUGCUGUUGCGGGUGGUUGGUCUAAGUUUGGUAGAGUCAAUGAGAUUGAGAGGGUUAUGAAGGAAAUGGAAGCUGAUGGGGUUGCUCCUGAUUGCACCACGUUUGGCGUAUUUCUUGAGGGUUUGGGCAGAGCUGGUAGAAUGGAUGAGGCUUUUGAGGUGUUUUGUUCUAUGAAGGAGAGAAAUUGCCAGCCAGACACUGCUGUCUAUAAUGCAAUGAUUUUCAAUUUCAUAUCGGUUAACGAUUUUGAUGAGUGUAUGAAGUAUUAUAAUGAGAUGUUGAGUAAUGACUGUGAACCUAAUCUUGAUACGUAUACUAGAAUAGUCACUGCUUUGCUAAGAAGAAGAAAAGUGGCAGAUGCGCUUCAAAUGUUUGAUGAAAUGUUAAGGCAUGGAGUUUUGCCUCCUACAGGGACUAUAACCUGCUUCAUCAAGCAUUUGUGCAGCUAUGGUCCACCGUUUGCUGCUUUGGUGAUUUACAAGAAGGCGAGGAGAUCGGGUUGUACGAUAUCGAUGGAAGCUUAUAAGAUACUGCUCAUGCGUCUUUCGAAGUUGGGAAAGUGUGGGACAUUGUUAAAUAUCUGGGAGGAGAUGCAAGAGGGUGGGUAUAGUUCAGAUGUUGAGGUUUAUGAGUACAUCAUCAGUGGCCUUUGCAACAUAGGACAGCUGGAAAAUGCUGUUCUUGUUAUGGAGGAGGCUUUGCACAAAGGGUUCUGCCCAAGCAGGCUUGUAUAUAGUAAGCUGAUUAACAAGCUGCUUGAUUCAAACAACGCAGAGAGGGCUUACAAGCUGUUUUUGAAGAUUAAACAUGCCCGUUCUCUUGAGAAUGCGAGAAAUUAUUGGCGUUCCAAUGGUUGGCACUUUUGAACAGGCAUGCUAAUCAGCAGCUCCAGCGAUAGAGCCUCUUGCUUGAUUGUCACAAAGCUGUUCUUUAGCUACUUCCUUGAAAAUAUGACAGAACUAUAUGAAAAUCGUUCUUAGGAAGUGGAAGCAUCACAAACUUAUUGUAAAGGGCCCUUCCUUCUCAAAGCUAUAAGAAGCCUGGAGAAACCAAAAUGAGAUCCUUUUGUGGAUCUGGAAGGAGACAUCAAUUUUCAGGUAUUUGUUUUGAAGAGGUCGGUUGAAAGAUAUUCUGCAUUAGAGGGAAGCCCUUGUUUUUUGUAUUAUGUAAGUAAAGUUCUGCCAUGUUCUUCCUAAUGACUGCUAAUAUAGUAUUGAAUAGUUUGGUGUAAGAUAGCCCCCACAAUUGUUCUGUAGUGCAUUAUUUCAAAAACAAAAGUGCCAUGCUUUCUGCAUGCGUGUAAUUUAUAUUAAAUAGUAUUCUCAGGAAGUAUGAAUACAUUAUUGUAGUUUUACUUUUAUAGCUGCACUGAACUAUAUAAUCAUGUCACGUAUUAUGCA